AUGCUGGAGCGCCAGCUGCAGGCAGAUGAAACCAAACGCGACGUCCGUAUAGCGCAUGUGCUGCGGAGAGAAGGAAUCGCAGUGCCAAGCGCGGCGCCGAAGACCUCUGAUCACACUGGCAAGGUCCCUCGAUACUGCCUACACUACAAAAAGCAGCAUGGGUUCUCCCGCCUCAUAUCCCGAAGUCAGUUCACACUUGAACAAGUCGUCGAGCUCGAAAAAGGCCAGUCUCCAGAGGACCCCCGCCCGAACAAAGCGCUAUCCCCGAACCGUCUUCAUCGACUACUGGAGGGAUUCGAGCACCGCGACUCACUAUGCAGCGCAGCACGGUUUGGCAUUGAUCCUCAAUGGUCCACGCAAAAUCAAGAGCAGCAGGAGCAGCAGCGCAUUCCAACAAAUCACAAGUCUGCCGAUCGCCACCUUAAUACAGUGGUGAAAAGCGUCCGCGAAGGCCAAGACGGAGGACAGUAUUUGGUACUGGACGCAAACGUGCUCGAAACACUCGGCAACAUUCGAAUCAGCCCGCUCGAUGCAGUCCCGAAAGCAAACACGGACCCCCAGCUCGAAACUCGCCUAAUUCAUGACCUGUCAUACCCUAUUGGCAACUCAACCAACGAUGCAUCGGACAAAAGCUCGUUCCCAGAGGUGCGGUACCGGCACGUGGCGGCAGUCGCGAGAAGAAUUGAGGAGUGCUACGCGCAGAACCCAAUGAUCACCAUCUACGUAAUGAAAGGCGACGUGAAGGGAGCGUUCCGGCACAUCAGUUGA